AUGUCAGACGCCCAAGUCUUCGAGCACUUCACUGGAUCCGACAUAACAGACGAAAUACUAGCAGAAGCCACACUCCUCUUCAACAACCAUUAUGGGACUUGGAGUACCCACACUUCCAAUCCCGCUGACAGAGUCAAACUCUCGAAACAGCGUAUGCGCCAACAAUUACUACCAACAGGCGGCUCCUCGUGUAUCUACGCGCGCGUCACUGUCGCGACUCAGCUUGUGGGCAAUGCGUUCGCCUGCCGGUGGGUAGUAGAUGGUGUAUCCAUUUGUUGGAUUACUCAGCUGGUUGUGCACUCUGAAUUUCGACGACAGGGGCUUGCUGCGCGUCUGUUGAGGGAGGCGGGGGAUAGUGAUGUGUGCGGGAUUAUGAGCUCACAUCCUGCAGCUUGUCUGGCCGCUGCGAGGGCUUUUGGUGCGCAGGACCUUGAGUUUAUGCACGUGAAUGCAAGGGCUGUUAUGGAGGCCUCGCCGGUCGCGUAUGUGAGGGAGGCUGUGUUAAGGGGAAAGCUUUUCGACGGUCAGGAUACUAGUGGUGCAGUAUCAUCGGUUGACACGCAAUUUUUCGUCGAUCAUAAAGAGCCGUUAGGGGUAUUGGCGAUGGUUAAGCAAGAGAGGGAUUGGCCACUUGGAGAGCUUUUGGAAGGAUUCGAAUUUCUUCUCAUUCUUAAGAAGACGUUUGGCUCACAGUCGGCAUCAUGA